AUUGCUAUCGACUAUAGGCCUACUGGGUUAGUAGCCCACACUAACCAUCAAUCGAGGGAUUUCUUCAGCUUCUGGCGCUUAUCUAGAGACCCCGAAUCGUGACGCCAUGUUGGCCAACGACGUCCAACACCACUACAUAGAAGAUCGGGAUGGUAACAGAAUCACUGAGGCGAUGUUCCAGGGGCGGUACUACCCUGCCUUCCCCGGGGUAGUUGAGCGCCUGGAGCGUCUACCGGAGCUACGUGCCCGUGGCGACGACAUUGUGAUAUGUGCUUAUCCUAAAUCAGGUACACACUGGACGUGGGAGAUCGUGACGAUGCUUAUGAUUGGUAAAGCGGAGACGAUCCCCCAGGAGAAAACGGAACAGUUUCUGGAGAAUGUGGAUCAGGAAACUUUAGAAAGCCAACCAUCUCCGCGCGUCCUCAACACCCACAUCCUCCCUGAUAUCUACCCACCGGAUCUUGUGAGGAAGAAGUGCAAAAUCCUGCGCAUUCAAAGAAACCCCAAAGAUGUGAUGGUGUCAUAUUAUCACCAUAUCAAAGACAGGGUGAUGUACGGGUACGAACACGGAAAAUGGCCAGCCUUCUUUGAGCUCUGCAUGUCGGGAAAUGUGGAAUACGGCAGCUGGUUUGAUUACGUGAUCGCGUGGAAGAAGUUUGAGGACGAGAACCCCGAUGUUCCUAUACUUCAUCUCCAGUAUGAGAAUAUGAUAAAGGACCUGUCAACUGCAGUUGAGAAAAUCGCUGGGUUUUUAAAUGUGACAGCGGACAAAAGCCUAUGCGAUGCCAUUGCGCAUGCGUGUACUUUCGACAACAUGAAGCAGAGCAAAGCGGAGUGCUACCCCAAAGAAAAAUUGGAAAGAUGGUAUAAGAAAGAAUACAAUCUCUAUAGGAAAGGCAUUGUUGGUGACUGGAAAAACUGGUUUACUGACGCACAGAAUGAAGAGUUCGAAAAAGAAUUUAAGAGGAGGCUGCAGGAGGCAGGAAUCAGCACGAAAGUGGAAUAAGAGAUGGAUUUCCCCUCCUGUAGUGAGCAGAUAUUUGCGGAAAGGCAGCGAUAGAAACGCCUCAAACACGCCGCGAGUGUAGAUCUUAUAGUUAGACUUGUCGGUUCUCAAACACGUUAUUGUGCUUUGUUCAAAUCCCGUGUAUAAUUCUCCCGUCCAUGAAGGAGAUGUGUCGGCAAAUUUGAUUCUCUGAUUAAUCGAUUGUGAACACAAUACUCUUAUUGUUAUGCACUUCUAAGGUGGCGACCAUCUUCAUUCUGAGUCCCCGGAAAGUGUCAAGUAUUUGCAUGGUGACAAUCCUUCGUAAAGCAUAAACCGGACGGUAGCGUCGAUUGCGCACGGGUUCGCAUGCGCAGAAUGUAUCAUAUGGUAGACAAGAAGAAGUACAUGGCGACUUAUACAUAUGAUACAAGAUUACAAACUUUUUAAAUUGUGUGUGGCUGCCGACUAGUUAUAACGUUUAACAUAGGAGACGUGCCAUUGCUUAUUUCAUGAAGACUCGGAUGCCAUACCUGCUCUUGGCUGUCCUAUUUUUUCCUUAUUUACGCGGAUCUGUUUUACUCUAACCCUGUUUGAAAUUUUUUAUUCGUACUGGUUUAUCUUCCUUGAAGUGGUUUGUGUAAUACAGAAACGGGGAAAAGUUCACGAUAGCCGAGACACUUCCCCCCCCCCCCCCCGGUUUGUCUUUCUUGAAGUGUUUUGUCUGUGCAAUACAGAAACGAGGGAAAGUUCACGAUAUCUGAGAUCCCCCCGCCCCCCGGUUUAUCUCCCUUGAAGUGGUUUUUCUGUGGAAUACAGAAACGAGGAAAAGUUCACGACAGCUGAGACCACCCCCCUCCCCCCCCAAUAGUUUAUCUUCCUUGAAGGGGUUUGUUUGCGUAACACAGAAACGAGGGAAAGUUCAAGAUAACUGGGACGCCCCCUCCACCCACAUACACAUGGUUUAUCUUCCUUGGGGGGGGGGGGGGUGCGUGACACAGAAACGAGGGAAAGUUCACGAUAACUGAGACACCCCACAUAAACUUCAUGUCUUUGUCUUGAGAAAAGGCGUAACUCCCCAAACAAAGUCAGUAAGUAACUUCCUACUGAGUUAGACAAUCGGCCAAUAAAUCUAUAGAUCUAUGUAUAUUGACCUUAAACAGAUCAGUAACCGUUAAACGAAAAAAAGAAUGAGAAAACGACCAACCUAUGCUUAUAUUUCAGGUUAAAUCGGUCCAUUGCAAUAAGUAUGCACUAAAAUAUUAUCAAUGUUACAUAUGUAGUUAUGUGAAUGUCAU